AUGGCUUCUCCUUCUACAAGUGUAAUGGCUUCUCCUUCUACAAGUACCAUGAGUGAGAGUAAUAAUGUUGGUGGCCCAGAAACCAUCACGACAAUUUCUCCACAAAGGUUUAUAGAAUUAGCGAUGGAAAUAGUUAGCCUUUUUCCUACAGAAAAAGUUGGAACAUACUAUACCGCUUAUAGAAGAGUGAAUGGCAGGCCUUGUAACGCGCAUGGUAAAUUAUUAGAUCGCCAUCAGUAUAUACGUAAAUGUUUGAAGGCAGAUGGUAUUCUGUGUGAACCAACAACGGACGAAGAGAGCAACGAUUUGGGUAGAAAUAUCAAUAUUGAUUUCGAAAAGUUGUACCCGUCUAAAAUCGAAGAAUUUAGAAGCCGUUGGAACGGAAAUUUACGAGCUGCGUUUAUUAAAGUUAUUUUACAAAACAAAAAAUUGCUAUUGAGUUUGACUCCCGAAUUCUUAGAGGCUUGGACUGGAAUUAAUAAUUUACCAGAAGAUCAACAAGAUGCCAUUAUAUUGCAAACCAUUCCAUUUCUAGUGAAGCCAAUAACUUCUGGAAAACGUAAAAGAAACGAGACAGCGUUCCGGCCAAGUGCAACUGAAAUUGCUGACGAUUUUAUUAUUCGUGUCGAGACUCCGAAUGAAGUAAAAACAGCUGUAGAAAAAAAAAAGAAGGAGUAUCUGGAUCAGAAAAGAACUGUACAACCCUUCAUGAUUUUCGUUGGAAGUUAUACACAAAUCGAAUCGUUCUAUGCAUUAAUCAACGAUCACUACUAUACGUUUACGUCGGCUCUCGAUGCGGUGAUAUUUACCUUUUCGUCUUUCUAUGUUCUCGAUUUGGAGUAUCCAGCCGCAGCCAAAAAUGUGUGGUUAUUGUUACAAAUAGCGGCAUAUAAUAUUACACACAAAGUUGACAAAAUUGGCACCCAACUGAGUGUUUUAAUCACUGACUUACAGUGAAACUUACUCGCGGUAUAUCUACCAUUCCAUUUCAGUUUUAAUCGUGCUGAUUUUAUAGCAAAUUUCGUUUUUUCGAUGCAGUCGAAGAGUUCUUAGUUAUAAUACGCUUAUUUUUCAUCGUAUAUUUUUUUAUACCUAUAUACAUAAGUAUUUUUCCGUUUUAGUUUUAAUUGAGCUGAUUUUAGAGCAAUCAGUCGUUUCAACCCAGUCGAUGAGUUCUCGACAUACGCUUAUUUUUAUCGUUCAUUUUUUUAUUUACUCGUACGUAUACAUAUUAAGUACUAUUCCAUUUUAGUUUUAAUCGUGCUGCUUUUAAAGCAAUCAGUUUUUUUGACACAGUCGAUGCGUUCUUAUAUUUUUAUCAUCCAAUUUUUUAUUUGCAUAUAUACCUAUAAUCAGAUUUUGAAUUUUUUUUUUUUACAAAAUGCGUUGCUUUUCAUGCAAUCAAGAGUUUGGUUCGAUCGAAAUAUUACUUUCACACAUCAGCCGAGUUCAUUCUCAUCUCAGUUUUUUUUGUUGCACCUAUGAAAAUUGCCUUCGAAAAUUUUCAUUGCUGAAUUCUUUUAAAAAACAUUGUAUUCAAAAACAUGUACCAAAUGAUCCAAAUCAAAUUAACGAUUCGACUCCGAUUUUAAAUAUUACGUCAAAUGAUAUUGGACCAUCAAAUACAAAUCUAUUCGUUUCUCCUGCUGAAUCCUCUUCACUUCCGGAACCUUCUGUAGAACCUUCUGUAAAAAAAUCGAAUUCUGAUAUUCCUCCUGCUGUUGCUUUUCUAGCGAAGCUUCACAGUUACGCCGAUGUUCCAAGAAAGAGAAUCGUUUCAAUAAUCAAUGAUUUUGAUAAUUUCAUGAGGUCGCAAUUAGAAAUUAUUGAAAACGAGGUCGACAAGCAUUUUGAACGAGUGGGUGAAUCUCAAGACAAGGAAGAUAUAAAAAAUUGUUUUAAUGAAGCAAAAAAUUCGUUUACUAAAUUGAAAUCAGAACACUUACAACUUGCAAAAUUUCGAAAGUUAGGAACAUACAUUUCACCCACUCAGUAUCUCUUAGGUGAACGAGAUGAGUAUAAACUGGUUGAUGGUGUGCAAACCUUUACUCCUGUAAAAACAACGGCAGAGUUUAUUCCUAUAAGAGAGGUGUUCAAACAGUUCUUUGAGACUCGAGAAGUUUAUAUUCGAACAAUG